AUGCCCUCUCAAUCAUCACCGCCGUCAUCAUCACCCGCCUUGAAGCGCAAACAGCAGACUAUAUCGAGCUUCUUCACCAAGAAACCUCUUACAAAGGAACAAGGAGGAUCUUCGAGUCAAGCAGCCGCCAAAGUCGAAGCAGAACAGACUAAGACAAUUCCCUCGGGAAAGGAGAAUGCAGUCUUUGUUGGCGAAACAGUCAGUCCAGUAUCAAGGAAAGAUGAAGAAGGGGAAAAUGAUAUUGCCCUCCCGGCCCGCAAACGGGUUAAGGUUGACGUUGGAAAAGAGACUCGCACGGAUGUUGACAACAUCCUGAAUUCGUCACAGCGCACGGACAAAUUCAAAUUCAAUAGCUCGCAGUUAAUAAAUGGCGGCCAGGGAAAUGGAGAGGAUGAACAAGCCCGGAAAGAGAAGGAACGACUACACCAGAAGUUCGUCAGGCGAUUAGGUGGACCGGAUUGUCUUAUCGGCAUCAAUAAAGCUGCCGCGAAUGCGGAUGAGGGACUUGCAGAAGGAGGAGAAGAUGCUGAAGAGGAAGAGGAACAGCCUGCUCCGGCGCCACUGCCCCCAAAGGGCAGACAGAAAAAAAAGUCCGGAUCGAAACUCACGCCAAUGGAGAAACAGGUCAUUGAUAUCAAACGCAAACAUAUGGAUACACUACUCGUCGUGGAAGUCGGAUACAAAUUUCGAUUCUUUGGUGAAGACGCUAGAACUGCAGCCAAGGAAUUGAGUAUUGUUUGCAUACCGGGAAAGAUGCGAUUUGAUGAGCAUCCUUCCGAAGAGCAUUUGGAUCGCUUCGCUUCCGCGAGUAUACCCGUCCACCGACUGCAUGUCCAUGUGAAACGGCUCGUUACUGCUGGACACAAAGUAGGCGUUGUUCGACAGUUGGAGACCGCGGCACUCAAGGCAGCUGGUGAUAAUCGAAAUGCGCCGUUUGUGCGAAAGCUUACGAAUGUGUAUACAAAGGGGACGUAUAUUGAUGAUGCGGAAGGAUUGUCGGCUCCGGCAGCUGCGUCGGCAGGUGCUACGCAUACGACUGGGUAUUUGCUGUGUAUUACGGAAUCGAAUACAAGUGGGAGUGAUGAGCGUGUGCAUGUGGGUAUAGUUGCUGUACAACCCGCCACGGGUGAUAUCGUCUACGACGAAUUUGAAGAUGGGUUUAUGAGAGGCGAGAUCGAAACGAGAUUGCUACACAUCGCUCCUUGCGAGAUUCUUAUUGUGGGUGAACUUUCAAGGGCCACGGACAAGUUGGUUAAGCAUCUCUCGGGUAGUAAAAUGAAUGUCUUUGGCGACAAAGUUCGAGUUGAGCGAGUGGCACGAUCGAAGACAGCCGCAGUAGAAGGACACAGCCGUGUUGCAAGUUUCUAUGCGGAGAAGCUCAAAUCAACAGAGACUCGUGAUGAUGGUAAUGCUAGUGCACUUCUGGAAAAGGUUCUACAACUACCGGAUCAAGUCACGAUAUGUCUAUCUUCUAUGAUUGAUCACUUGUCUGAAUAUGGUCUGGAGCAUAUAUUCGACCUGACCAAGUAUUUUCAGUCUUUCUCUGCGCGGUCUCAUAUGCUUUUGAACGGUAAUACGUUAACAAGUUUGGAGAUCUAUCAAAAUCAGACGGAUCAUUCCAGCAAAGGCAGCUUGUUCUGGAUCAUGGACCGAACACGAACACGCUUUGGUCAAAGACUUCUCCGCAAAUGGGUGGGCAGGCCUUUGUUGGAUAAAAGACAGCUAGAAGAGCGAGUGGGUGCAGUGGAAGAGUUGUUAAACUCUGAGCAAAGUACUCUUACUGGGAGAUUGAAGGACUUGCUCAGUAACAUUCGAAGCGAUCUGGAGAGAAGUUUGAUCCGCGUCUAUUACGGGAAAUGCACUCGGCCAGAACUUCUCACGCUUCUUCGAAAUCUACAGAAGAUUGCGAAUCAGUUUGUUUAUAUAAAAUCCCCUGAAGAGACGGGAUUUCAAUCUACCAUGAUUAGUGAAGCCAUCGCUGCACUACCUACCAUCCAAGAUGACGUUAUCAUGUUUCUCGACAAGAUCAACGCAUAUGCAGCGGAGCACGAUGACAAGUAUGAAUUCUUCCGCGAAUCUGAAGAGUCAGAAGAUAUCACCGAACAAAAAAUGGGCAUAGCUAGCGUUGAGCAUGACUUGGAACAACAUCAGUCCGUUGUCGCAGAGAUACUAGGUAAAAAGAAGGUUGAAUACGUGACUUCAGCAGGGAUUGAGUACCUGAUUGAAGUUGAGAACAAUUCGGCUCAGAUCAAGCGCGUUCCUGCAUCAUGGGUUAAGAUUAGCGGAACUAAGAAGUUAUCUCGUUUUCAUACACCGGAUGUCGUUCAGCUUAUGAGACAGCGGGAUCAGCACAAGGAGGCACUUGCCGCUGCUUGCGAUAAGGAAUAUAUGAGACUUCUGGCUGAGAUAUCUACUAGAUACCAGUCUUUCCGGGACUGUAUCCAGUCUUUGGCAUUGCUGGACUGCUUGCUCUCGCUCGCAGCUAUUGCUACGCAGCCCGGAUACACGAAACCUCAAUACACCGACGAAACUCGCAUUGUAGUUGAACAAGGUCGCCACCCAAUGGUCGAGCAACUCUUACUGGAUAGCUAUGUUCCAAACGAUACAGCUCUUGCCACGAAUGAAACGCGCGCUCUUCUAGUCACUGGUCCGAACAUGGGUGGAAAAUCGAGUUAUGUCCGACAGGUAGCUCUGAUAGCUAUCAUGGGCCAGAUUGGGUCUUAUGUGCCCGCCAAAUCAGCGACGUUGGGCAUGUUAGAUGCCGUGUUCACACGCAUGGGUGCAUUCGACAAUAUGCUGACGGGCGAAUCAACCUUUAUGGUUGAGUUGUCCGAAACAGCAGAUAUCCUGAAACAAGCUACACCUCGCUCUCUAGUCGUACUCGACGAACUGGGCCGAGGUACAUCCACCCACGACGGCGUCGCAAUUGCACAAGCCGUGCUGGAUUACAUGGUCCGCUCCAUCCGCAGCUUAACAUUAUUCAUCACGCACUACCAAAACCUCUCCGUCAUGACCAAAUCCUUCCCAAACAAUGAACUCCGCAACGUGCACAUGCGCUUCACCGAGUCUGGUGAACCCGGCGGCGAGGAAGAAAUCACAUUUCUGUAUGAAGUCGGCGAGGGUGUCGCGCACCGCAGUUACGGGCUGAAUGUCGCACGCUUAGCGAAUUUGCCUCCUUCGGUACUAGAUUUGGCCAAGUUGAUGAGUAGUGAACUGGAGGAGAGGAUUAAGCGUAGACGGUUGGCGAAUGUGGCUAGGAGUGUUGGGGCGAUACUGUCUGAUACGGAUGGGGAUAGGGAGGGAGUUAUUGAAAAGCUUGUUGGGUUUGCGGAUCAGCUAUGA